UGAGGGAAGACAGCAUGAGAGGACAUGUCAUAUCAAACAUCUAUGGUACUAAGCAUCAUUGUGAGAACUGUGGCUCUUGAAGAACACAGGAGUUUAGUUUCGCUUUUAAUUUAGAUUGUAGCUUCCUGUUGUUUUCUAUGGAAAUAAACACAAUGCUUUGCAAAUUGGCUCUCUGCUGCUUUGUCAUCUCCAGAAGGUGGCUGUUAAUGGGGAUAGUGGCUCCCCAUUCAUCGGAUACAUAAUUGGCAGGCAGUAGGAAGAGAUAGCACAGGGAGAAGUUAUCAUCACUGACAGCUGGCAUGAGAGAGCAGCUAUCGUAUGCAAAAAAAAACCACACUCAUUUGUGAACAGUGGAGCCUGUCUGCCUGAGGAGAGGUGAACCUUGCAUUUGAAAGGAAAAAAGGGGGGGAGUUAAGAAUCUCCUAUCUGGUUCAGGGUGCAAAUGGCAUCUCUCCUAUGAAAGUGGCUGACAUGUAGGAAGAGAGAGAAGUGUCUCUCUCCCCCUCCCUUUCAGGCAGGUGGCAUCCGCGUGAGGUCACAAUGGCCAGUCUCUCUCCUUUAAGUGGGCAGCAUCAGCGUGAGGUCACAAUGGCCAGUCUCUCUCCUCCAGGUGGGCAGGUCAGCGUGAGGUCACAAUGGCCAGUCUCUCUCCUCCAGAUGGGCAGCAUCAGCGUGAGGUCACAAUGGCCAGUCUCUCUGAGACCUCCAGGUGGACAGCAUCAGCGUGGUCACAAUGGCCAGUCUCUCUCCUCCAGGUGGGAAGCAUCAGCAUGAGGUCACAAUGGCCAGUCUCUCUCCUCCAGGUGGGCAGGUCAGCAUGAGGUCACAAUGGCCAGUCUCUCUCCUCCAGGUGGGCAGCAUCACAAAGGCCAGUUUCUCUCUUUCUCUUUGAAGCAGACAGAAGCAGGAGCGUGGAGGCAUAGUCUCCCUUUCUUUUAUUGAGGUGGGUGGCCGCAAUAUAGUCGCUAGUGUCUCUGUCACUGGAAUAGGCUGCAGUGUGUAGGCAGGGAGAGGAAAGGAGGGAAGUUGGCGGGUGGGCAGCUUAGCUACUGCAGGACUUCUGCUAAAAGACAAUUACUUCAUGACGGCCUGGCACAAAAGAGGCAGAUUAUAGUUAUUUUACCUUGUUUACUUAAUCUGUUCAUUACAUUUCUAUUCUGCCUUUCCUUCAAGGAGGCUUCUGCUUUUUUUAAUCCUCACAACCCACUCAAGAGUUAGGCUGGGCUGAGAGUUACGUAAGACUGGUUGGUUUAAGGUUGCCACUCAGUUCCUUUUCAUGUCUAAGGGAGGAUUUAGGUCUUCCCAGUCCAACACUCUUAACAAGGACACCAGACAGAAAUUAUGGAGGUAGACACAGUAUUGUUGCCAUUAUCCAGAUUCAGCAGGUUGACGGUUUACAGAGCCAGCCCAGGUUUGGCAUAGUUUGACAAACUGGCAGGCUGCAAGCAAGCAGAAGAAUAGCAGGCCCUUGGCAUGCCAGUCCAGGGAGAGUGAGGCUUCAGAUUUCAGCUUGAGCCUGGAGGACAGAUUAGACAGGAGAGAGGAAGACCAGGCAGUGGAAGGUAGUUGUAUCAGCAAUCAAAGAAUGAAAGGAGCUAUCAUUUCCUCAGGAAGAAUGGAAAGCAGAGAGAGAGAAAAGGUGCCACUCAGAGCAAGCCGCUGGGAAACCCAGCCAGAAAAGUUUCAUAAAAAGCUUCUCUCCCCAGGUAUAUUAAUUAUUAUUAUUAUUAUUAUUAUUAUCAUUAUUAGCCCAUGUGUCACUUUCCCCACUUAAUUAGAGCUAAGCCCAAAUGGAAGAUAUUUUCCAACCCUUUCACCUCUGCAAAAAACACCCCUUAUUGUUAAAGCGAGGGUCUUCAAACAGGGUUGAAACUGACCACCCUAACUCUAAACUGACUUUGUGGCAUUGUGGUAUAGCCAAAUAUGAUUGGUGCAGCUAAUCAUAGAUAGCAGAAAGUAGACAAAAAGCUAGGAACUGAGAAGGAAUUGGUACAGCUCGUACCAAAAACACUGCCCAGAGUGGCAGUGGUGUGUGGGGAAACAUGAAAUGAGAUUUAUCAGGAAGUGUAUGAGCCCCAUACCCGAUAGUCCCCUUUCGCUGUCAAGAUGUUUGAGAGUGCUGUACCAAAGUUUUACAAUCAAUCUUUGAGCUGCUCCCUUCCAGAAACGAGUGAAAACUGUCUGCCUUUGAUGUUCAGUACAGCAUGGAGGCAUACCCUCCAACAUUUCUUUGUUGAAAAUAGAGAAUGAUAAUUUUAUUAUUUAUACCCCACACAUCUUAUUGGGCUCCCCAGUCACUAUGGGCAGCUUCCAACAUAAGUAAAAACACAAUAAAACAUUAAACAUUUUUUUAAAAAAACAACUUCCCUAUAUAGGGCUGCCUUCAGAUGGCUUGGGGGCUGGAUAACUCCAUAACCUCCAACAUUUCUCUAAAGAAAACAGGGACAUCCUAAGGAAAAGUGGGACAUUCUAGGAUCAAAUCAGAAACUGGGACAGCUUCUCUAAAUCAGGGACGUCCCUGGAAAAUAGGGGCACUUGGAGGGUCUGUGGAGGUUGACCAAUUUGAAAUCUUAGGGCGGAGCUGGAUGUUCAACACUUAUAUGGGGGCAAAGGUGCCAUUUCCUAGCAUCCCAUGGAGGAAUGGAGUAAUCCAGAGCCUACACUGCACCCAUGUUCUGUAUAAAACCUUUGUGUUUGUUAAUUGCAAAGACUGAGUGCAUUAUUUGAGAAAACCUUUCCCCCUCAAUUAAGAACAUGCAGACAUGCUUUUAAUUAAACUUAGUGAGGCACAAAAUGCUUUAAUCUUGGUUUAAGGAAGUUUUUUAUGACAAUGUGUUAAAACUACUGAGUUCAAGAUAUGUACUUUCAACAUAGAGUGGUACUUCGGGUUACAGACACUUCAGGUUACAGACUCCACUAACCCAGAAAUAGUACCUCGGGUUAAGAACUUUGCUUCAGGAUGAGAACAGAAAUCGUGCAGUGGCAGGGCAGUGGCAGCAGGAGGCCCCAUUAACUAAAGUGGUGUUUCAGAUUAAGAACAGUUUCAGGUUAAGAACGGACCUCCAGAACGAAUUAAGUUCUUAACCCGAGGAACCACUGUACAGGGUUCUGUGUUACAGCACCAUUUUUAAUCAGGAACACUGAUACAAGUUUCAUAUUAAUGGGGCCAUCAGCUUCCUUUCCUUUCCAUCCACCAGACUCACAGGCCAUAGAGAAAAGGUUGUUCCUAAAACCAACAAAAGCUUUUUCUAAAAAAAGAGGGGGAAAGAAAAGAAAGCAAAGGUACAGAAAGGCUUUGAUGUUUCUGUUCAAUACUAAUGCCCUUGAAACACAACUGAUUUUCCUCUUCAAGCUUGCCAAACCCUCUAAAUCAUCUUUGUUUCCUUGGGCCUGUAACAAAACUCAGGGCAAGCUGAAAAAGUUCUGUGAAUCUGAUCGCCUUGUCUCCAGCGGCUCACCCCAAUGUAGCAAUUAGCCUGCCACCUUUAGCUUCCCCCCAGCUUUCCAAACAAUGCCACCUACUGAAUUGCUUCCAAGAACAUCAGGCACUUAAGCUACACAAUAGGUAUUUUCUGCCCCCACCCCUGGAAAGAAAUCAGCCAACUCUUUGAAAAGUAUAAUUAUCUGCCAUUAGCAGAAGAAAGGGGUUAAGACUGCUGUUCAUGAAGGCUUUCCCAAAGUCUCUCACCACCACCUUGAUUUUUAAAAAAUAUAUACCUGGGGAGAGAAAGAUCACACACACGCGUACCCAUACAGCAUGCCACUUCUCUGCGUAAUACAUUUUUAACAGUGUUCAGGGGAGAAAUGCUUUUCUAGGAUUACAGCCAUUAAAUGCACCCCUUGUUUUAUAUCUGCAAACAGUAGCAGUCAACCAUUCCUGCAUAGUGCACCAUUGUAUGUCACCGAAUACCAUGCUGGCAUGCAAUUCAAAAGCAAGGAGGAAAUCUAAACCCUUCCGAGACCAGGGAGAAGAAUGGGUGGAAGAAGAUUGGAAAAAGUUUAAAGACUAUCUACAGAAAUAUUGCAAAAUUAAUGAAUGUUAGAAUGAUGUUGGAUAGAAAUUAAGUGAUUUUUAGCUGUAAUAUUAUAAGGGAAUAUGAAAAAUGGAUUAUUAAUAGGUUAAAAUUCAAUGUCACCAUAUUAUAAGAUUAAAGAUUAGGAUAAACAAAGGGGAAGGAUUUGCUGAACUAACAAACUGAAUUGGAAUACAAAAAAGGGAGGCGCGAGGAGGUCCGGGAAACAAGCCAAUGAAAGAUAAGUAAUGGAAAGAUUGAGUUGUUUUUAACUAUUUUUAUUUUGUAUUUUUUCUUUUUCCUUUCUUCAUUUUGUAAUAUUUUGAAAAUCUUAAUAAAUAUCUUUAAAAAAAAAAAGGAAAUCUAAACCUUUUCCUGUUUUGUUUCCACCACCCUCUAGAGUUUUCAGUUAUGCCAAACAAGAGUCUAGAGAAAUUAAAGUCAUACUUGCAGUCAGUAGGGAAACUUUAAAGCACACAAAUACUCAUCUCAUUCUGGUAAGAACCAUCAUCCAGCCUCUUUGCUGUCAUUUGGGCACACCCUCUGACUAUCUGUUUUGCGGUGAUUAAACUGGCAUUUUCUCACAUUUUAAUUUUUAAUUUUUUUUGCAUUUCCCAUCCACUAUCCUUUACACACAAGCCAUAUCUGGCACCAAGGAAAUACAUCUGAUUAAAGGCCACAUCUGAUCUUUAAACAUCUGUGUGCAAGGAGUUUUUCUUUCUUUCUCAAAUGCCCAUCUACACUGCAUAAACAUGCUGGACUUCUACCACCAUCUGCUUCCUCUAAAAUGUUUAUCUUUCUAAAUAUGAAAAAAUAAAUAAAAAUGAGUCACCCAUGAGAAAUAUACCACCCACCAUGAAUUAGAGUUGUUGGGUUUUUUUCCCCUGAGUCAGGUUUUCAGCUUUCUUUGCCAUCACAUUUUCAGGCAUUUUUUCAGAAAUCAUACUCAACUCCUACCCUGACCACUGUUGGGGGUUUUUCUGCUUAAUCUGUUUUUCUACCCUAGAGGGAAAUAGACACAAAUAACCUAAAGUUACCAGAUUUGUUUCAAUGCAUCCGAGGACACUUUUCAACUUCAAUGGAUUUUGUAUGGGGACUGAUUUGUAAAUCCGGGGACUGUUCCUGGGUAACGGGGACGUCGGGUAACCUUAAGAUAACAUGCAUAUUUUCAAUUGUAGUUGGGAAAGCAUUUGGGGAGUGGGGAUUUUGAAUGCACAAAACAGCUCUCCCUCCACCCCCAGGUGCCAAUCCUGUGCUCAGCUUGAAACUAUUGAUGUCUUGGAUCAUUCUUGGAUCAUUCUUUGUCUAGCUCCUCCCUCUUGACCUUACCGCCUUGGGUGAUCCUGCUGGGAGUACGAGACUCCCAGUGGUUUCGCUCACAAGGAUCAUAGCAACUUGCAAGCCCACUCACCACGACAAGGUAAUGACCCAGUGAGUGAAUCCAAUAAGUCCUCAACUGCAGAAUAGGCGGAAGGUAACAAGUGGUAUGUUACAAUGGCUGUGAAGGCAGAUGAAGACUGAAGCCGAUAAGAAUAUACCAGCGUCAUGAUACUCAUGACAUCAGAAUAGAGUGGAAUAUGGCAACUAUCAAGGCAUCUCUUUAUUAGCUGUGGCCAGUAAAAAAGUUUGGUAAGGAUUUUAGCAAACUGUCUCCUAACUAUAUCCAUGAGUAUUUUUGCACUUUGAAGUUUCCCUACUGACUGCAAGUAUGACUUUAAUUUCUCUAGAUUCUUGUUUGGCAUAACUGAAAACUCUAGAGGGUGGUGGAAACAAAACAGGAAAAGGUUUAGAUUUCCUCCUUGCUUUUGAAUUGCAUGCCAGGGGCUGGAUUUAACUGACUGGUGGGCCGGAUUAGGCCCCCAAAACGAACUUUGGACAAGCCUGCCCCAGAAGGUCAAAAACCAUUUGGGGAUUCAGGAAGAUAGAGUUUAUAAAUGUACUUUUUUUGGUGGAAAAACUAAGUUUAGAAAACCUCUAUUCUCAGCCUGUGGGCAUGAUGGGACUAAAAGUUUUUGGUGUUGAAAAUUAUUGCAAAGACAUGCUCUUUCUUGCCAAAGAAUGAAAUUUUUGGAUUUUGUAUUCCUUGUAACAAAAAUUUUACAUUUUUUAGACAUCAUGGGGGGAAAAAUGGCUACUGGGUACAACUUUCCCACAAUCCAUAGCUGUAAUAGAAAAAAAUUAAUGAAACAAAGUUGUUCAUCAUAAAAAUUAACAUAAUAUUGGUUAUUAUAAGUUUUUUUUCUGAAAGCAAAGUGCAUACUUCUUUAAUUUGGGGAUAUUGGACUUUGAAGUUAUGAAAACUGGCUAUCAGGGAGUGACCCCAUUGAAUUUUCACAAUGGAUUUCCACAGGUCGAACACACUUGAUCAAAACCACUUCAACACUAGAUGAGUUCAUUGAUGAUCUAACACAAAAAAAUAGAACAUUUGAUUCCUCAAAUUAUUCUUGUACUUUGUAUCCUGUGGUAGUGCAUUAUAAAAGUCCUGAUGGAGAGAUGAUCUCAUCCAUUUUUGUAUCUUCCUAGGUUAUCUAUACAUUCUGUUACAAUACAAGUGUGUUUAGAAUCCUGCUAAUGUUUUGACCUGUUUACAAUAAUUUUGUAUAUAAUUAUAAACGUUUCCCACUCUUUUUUAAAUUUCUUGUCUUCUUGGUUCUUGAGCUUCCCAGUUAAUUUUGCCAUUUCGGCAUAGUCCAUCAACUUGGAUUGCCAUUCUUCUCUGGUUGGGAUUGUCUCUUCCUUCCAUCUCUGGGAUAAUUUUAAAAACAUGUACCCUGCUGCCUCUUACAUUUUCUUUAAAAUACAAAGCCCCCAAUGUUGCAACCUUUCCACAUACAGCAGUUGCUCCAUCCCCUUGAUCAUUAAGACUGCCAUUUCCCGAACCUUUUCCAACUCUACAAUAACGUUUCUGAAGUGAGGAACAAUGAGCUUCAUAGAUGAGUGGGAAUUUGAACCUGGAUGUCCCUAGUCCUGGUCUAUCACUCUGACCACAGCAGCUCUCAUAUCCUGAACCCUUACUCCAGUGCAAGUUUUCCUCCAAACUGGACAGAUGUUCUUCCUGCUUGCAAGCCCAUCAACUCCUGUGUUGGCAGGGGGUGGGAUCAGGAAACCUACGCAUCAUUGCCAAAUCUACAGAAGAUUGGCCCAAGCAUGCUCAGAAGAAAGCACUGUGAGAUUCAAAGUGCUUAAUGGCUAUAGGGGCCAGUUUCUGGCAGCCAUUCCCUCCACUACGGAGGAAGGGCCACUAGAGGAUUAGCAUGUUUUAUUUCAACAACUAUUAAGGCAGUUAUAAUACAUAUGAUUCCUUGUAAGCCUUUUACAAUUGCUUUAGUUAUUAAGCUCUCAAAAAUUCAGCUGAAAUUCAGUUCUUCUACAAGGUAACUGAACUUGUUCAAUCUGAAGGUGCAAAAGUUAAGUCCAAGAUUAAGUUUUUCUUAUCCACAGCUCCCAAGCACAUGCCAGAAUUUCUAGCAUGGAUAAUCAGCAGUCUGCCUGAAGGUAGAAGUUCAUUGUUCAUUUACUUGGUUAUUGGAAAUUCAGGCUAUAAAGGAGAAAUUGCAACUCAGCCAAAGUUAAUUUAUGCAGUGAGAAGUUAUGCUCUUAGAAGUACUGAAAGCCCAAUGUUGGUUGAUGUAAAAAUAUUAAUCACCCAUAAAUUUCAAAAUAUACCAAAAGGAUGGGCAAUAUGAAAUGUCUAAGCUCAGGAUCAAAAUAUUAUUAUGAAAGUGAUGCUAAAAACCAAUGAACACUGACACCUUGGAUAAAGCAAUGAGAUAAAUAUAUUUGCCAUGGGAAAUGACUCAAAUUAAUUUAAGAAUGUAUUUAGGUUUCAGAAAAUGGUAACAAGCACUUUAAGAUUCUGUAAGAAAACCAGCUGCUGAGACAAAAGCUUUCCAGCAUGAAUUAUUUCCUGUAUCAUCCACGCCACUUUUCUUGUUAAUUUCAAAUCAGCAUCUCUAUAUUAAAAACAAAACAAAACACCUUUGAUCACCACAUUGGGUUACAGGGGCGAAACUGCUACCACAAUCAAAGGUAUCUUCUGGAAACUUAUUUACUUUUGGCAAUCAGUCAGAAAGAUUUUCUUUGUUUAUGCCUUUUAUAAUUACUUUUACUUAUUUUAAUUAUCCCUUCCCAUUCCCUAUCCCUUUUGUGUCUGGUUUUUGUUAGAUUGGAACAAAACAAAACAACAAACAAACACUGGCAGAGACUUUAUUUUGGAUUUAAUUUGUGCAGCGCCUAUCACAAUAUUAGGCAUUUAAUACUGGCUUGGAUCCAAAGACUCUGAGCCAGACAAUGGGACUUUCCCACCGCCUUGCUACUGCCAUCUCUCACACCCUGCAAGCUGUUUCUGUAGGGUUCCUGUAUCCUCAGAAUAGCAUGUGAUCCACCACAGAGAGGAGGACUGAAGACGCACACACUCUUUCUCUAGCACAGGUGGAAGUGUCCCUCCUCUCACACAGGAAAUAUUUGCAUCCCAGCCAAAAUAGUACAUUAGUGUAAAUGUUGCAGUAGAAAUGCUCUGCCUAGACUUCAACUUCAACUGAGUUGGGACGCUUCCCCAAGCUUGGUCAUGAGUUGUGCUCUGUAGGCUAAACUGCCCGAGGGCCAUUUGCAGCCUUCUAAUGUGAAGCAGAGCCAUUUUCAAGGGAUUCUGUUAUGUACUGAAGUUCUUACCCUGGGCCAGCAGGGGGAUACUGUAGAUAGUUUUCACUCAGGUCCGCAUAUGCAAAUAAGGAAUUGAAAGUGACGUUCAGUGAUUGGAUAGUUACAGAAAAUUGUUACUGUUGCUUUGUAGUUGAGCUCUAUAUAAGCAGGUUGGCUGAACCCUUCAGUUGAGUUCUGUUCUGGCCUGUGAAUAAACAAGAGCUGUCUGAAGAAUCGCUGUGUCAUCUGAUAUGUUCACCCACAACUUAACAGAUUCCAUCGAAUAAACACGGGGCAAUGGAGGCGAUUUUUGGCAAGAAUGAAAAGUGGAAACAGCUCCAAAGUCCAAAGCAACCCAUAGAAGAGACGACACCCCUAAAACUGAUGUUGAGAGCAGCGCUGAUAUCCUGGAGAAUGGCUUUAAUGUAUAGAUGGCAGCUCACCCCAGCUAAACUGGCUAAAAUGUAUUUAAAAAAUCAGAAGUUUGCUGGGGGUGCAAAAAAAGGUACAGGCUCUUAUACGCAUAUGUGAUGGGAAUGAACGGCAAUUAGAGAAUUCUGGGAUUCUAUUUAUAAUGAAUUUUUAAAACUACUCAGGUUCUCAUUCUCAAAAAACCCCAGAGGCCUUCCUUCUAGGGAUAAUGUCAUCAGAAAUAAAAAAUAAUGUCAGACCACUAUUCAUGUACACAACAACCGAAGCCAGGAUUCUGGUAGCAAGGAGCUGAAAAAGCAAAAAGACUGCUACAACAAUCGAAUACCAGGUCCAAAUGAUAGAAUAUUUACAGCUGGCCAUAAUGAGGGGGAGAAUCAGAGGAUAUCCGACUGCAGAAGGUACAUAAAGAAUAGAAAAUAUUUAAAGAUUACUUGAAAAAUUAUUGUAACAACAAAAAUCUCCUGGCAGACCUUGACUGAUUCUUGUAAGACGAAUGUGAUAAAUAGUCAUGUACUUUGGAUAAGAAUUAUGAAAACAAAAUAAUAGUAUGAUGCUGUGUGUAAAACAAUCAAAAUAAGUGGUAGUACAAUGGGUUUAAUUGGAAGUCAACUUUAUUUUCCUUUAAUUCUCUUUCUUUUCUUUUUUCUUCUUUUUGUUCUGUAAAUUAGUUAUAGAUAAAAGUAAUGAUUGGUGAUGUAUAUAAUGUAUAGUUGUGUAUUGUAUUGUAUUGUUCUGUUCUGUAGUAUAUUAUGGUGUGAUGUGGGAUGUUGUGUAAUUUUAUGUUGCCUGUCAAAUAAAGUUUAAUAAUAAUAAUAAUAAUGGCUUUCAUGAAAGCUUUUAAUCCUGGAUUCAAAAACGCACAAAAUAAAAUGAUGCCAUUCUAGGACAACCCAAUUAGUACAGUAGUACCUCGGGUUAAGAACUUAAUUCGUUCUGGAGGUCCGUUCUUAACCUGAAACUGUUCUUAACCUGAGGGACCACUUUAGCUAAAGGGGCCUCCUGCUGCCACUGUGCCGCCACUGCGAGAUUUCUCUUCUCAUCCUGAAGCAAAGUUCUUAACCCGAGGUACUAUUUCUGGGUUAGUGGAGUCUGUAACCUGAAGCGUCUGUAACCCAAGGUACCACUGUACUAGAGAGCAUUUUUAACGAUCUGAGCUGCGCAGAGGCAUUGCAUUAAGGCAACUUCAAGACAGUGCAAAGGCCAAUGGAUCCCAAUCACUGAGUACAUGCAAUAGUUGUGAUGUUCAGGACCACUUGACAAUACUGUAACAGUACUUUGGAAAGUGAGAUCAGUUCAUUAAUUAGUACAGGGAAGGAAACCAUUUUUCUGCUUUACGUUUUACUGGGUAAACAUGAAAACAGCCAUAUGGCAGGUUGCUCAUCCAUCCAACAUAUCUCUAGAGUUUGCAAUUAUCCCUAAUGCAAUAUGGUAAUUUCUAUCUAUCUGUCUCAUCUUACACCUAGCUGUUUAUAUCCUGAAUGAUCGGCUGCUGUGAUUCUCCAAGUGCGCUGUGGGACACUAGAAGAAGGAAUAGACAACAGAAAGAUUCCCAAUUACCCAUUAGCAUGUUAUCUGUGGUCCUUAAGACAGCCAGAGGUGAGAUACACAAUUUUUCUUCCCUACACUUCAGCUAACUGAACAUACAAGGAAGCCAGGAGUGCCUCUGAUUUGUAUGGGCAACUAUAAGAGUGAAUAGAAAUGAGAUGCUAGUUUAACUAGUAACAUUUUUUUAAAAAAAUCUACCCACAGCAAGACAACACUUUCGUAUGCACAAUGUGGUCACCCCAAAGGCUGCAAAAAAGAAAUAAAAGAUGAUCCAAUAUCCCUGCCUUGUACAGAAAAGAGAAAAACAGCUUCAAAAAUGUAACAGAAAACAAAAUCAAAUGGUUAAUUUGCUGGCUUGCCCUGGGUCUGAGUUACAUAUCUGAAGAGCGGGGUCGGGAUUACAGCCACUAAAGCUGCAGGGGGUUUGCCGCACCUGAUCAAGACAGACUCCCUCAAUCGCAUGUUGCGAGGACUCCUGUGGCUGAGAACAAGGAAGUUGUCACGGUCUGGUUUAAGGGUGGUUGAGAUCCCGGUGGAGGACGUCGGGACCGGGGGCUAAACGGCAGAGUGGAAGCAAGAACGGAAGUGCAGAAGCCAUGAGUCAGGAAGCCAUGGGUCCAAGGGUCAGGAAGAAAGGAGUCAAGAGGACAAACGCAGCAAGGCAGGUGUAGGGAUAUCGCGGAGUGGACAGUGAGGUCCGGAGGGAGCACACUCUCCACCAGCAGGCAGCCACAGUCUGCCUGCACGCGUGACCCUGGGGUGCAGGGAAAACCCCCCCUCAGACAAGCCACGGCUGUCGGAACAUUGUCCCCUAUGUCUGACCUUUUGCGGUCUCAGCAGUCAGCGGUGUCCUGUCCGUAACCUUUUGUCCCUGAGACCUUUUGUCUCCUUCGUCAUACACUGUGCAAGGGGAAAAUGACGCUGUGGAACAGGUGCCAAAAUAGAUUUGUACCACCCCACGAUCUCGGGACGUAAGAUGAGUAAAGGUCACAGCCCCAAAAUGUAUUUGCCUGGCUUGCAUAUUUGUCUCAAUAAAAGGAGGCUCCACAGGAAUGGCAGCAGCUCGCUUCAGACCACCUGUGCGCAGCUCACAUGAUGAUCAACUCCUGUCUCGUGCCUUCACUUCAGCAGGAAGCAUGUUGCUGUGGCAAAGAGCCAAAGGGAAAUGCUGACCUUAUAUCCCUUCCCGCCUCUUGCCACCAGGUGCUGUGAGUUACCAAAUCGGCCUCACCUGUGUGGCCAUGCCUUGCCUCUUCAGAACAAACUUAGGAAAGCCCCAGUCCUGGGAAGACCUACCGGUCACAGGGCCUAGCUCCUGCACACACUCCUGACAGAAGUUCUUGGCAGGUCAUGGUUUGGAACCUGUUCAGACAGGGAUGGAGUCUAGAGGUGGUUGAUGGAGGCAGAGGAGGGCAAGAAGUUGAGGAGUGGACACUGAUUGAAGAAGCAACUCCCAAAUUGUCAAUGUUCUUUUGAUAAGAUUGAUCCAAAUAGCAAACCCUUUUGAGCCAAUGAGAAACUAGCCUAUCCCUUUGAUUCUAACCCUCCUGCCUGGAGAAACAAUUCCAAAACCCUACUAAGAAUCCAGUCAACAAAUCUUGUCCAUUUUGGCGCAGAGCAGGGGUUUUCCAUCUCAGCUGCUUUUGAGCUGUGCUGCACCAUUUAUCAUGCAGAUUGUUAAAUACUUAAAGCCUUGAAUUAUGCAAUGUUUAGUGUAAGCAGUUUUACUGACGCAAUUCUCUGCUUGCAUGCCAUUAAACUGCAUCAAGCAAGAACUAACUUUUUGUUCCUCCCAAAGCCUAAGGCUCUGCUGCGUCAAGUCCAACUGAAAACAAACAGGAGAAACAGCUCCUCUCUCGGGAUGUCCACGGAAUUAUCUCCACCCAACUUUCCAGAUUUUGGAAAAUCCAGAUUUGGGGGUCCAAAUCUUUUGUCCCUGAGACCUUUUGUCUCCAGAACAGUGCCAAUGCUUUAGCAAUUUGCCAUCAUUUCAUUUUGACUUAAGCAUUUUGCACAUCAAUGAAAUUACAAUGCACAAAAUUAUAUUGAUGUAAUAAUAUCAAGAUUAUUAUUAUUUAUUGGCACAGUAAUUUAAUUAAUACGUAGAACAUCAGAAUACACAGACCAUACAAGAGAAAAUUGUUCUAUGUUUUCCUCUUAUAAUUCAUUUUGGAAUGUAUAAAGGUUUCCAAACUGAAGUUUUGGUUAAAUCAGGCAGAUACAACUUUAGUUUGGAGUUAGCUCUGGUUCAGCUGUCAAUGAUGCUUUUCCUUGCAUAACAAGCAAAACUAUUGGGAAGGUCUACAUAAGUUCACAAGGAUGAAAAACAGUAAGCUCGAUGUGUAUGAGAAAGCAGCAAAGACAGAAACCACUCCAACACAAAUGACUUUGAAAACCGCCUUUGAUUUUCAUCUAUGAAACUGGUGCCUAAAUAUAUAUUAUAAUUAUGUACUGAAGAAAAUCACAUAAAUACUGAAACAUCUGCCAAGCACACAGUGUUUCUAGUUUGACUGACAACAGUAGUGCUUAAUUGCUCACAUGGCACUAUCAGUACAUAAAGAGUUUGGAAAGCAAAACUAGGCCAAAUUACUGUAACAGUAAAAUAGACAAAGGUGGUAUCAUUGCUGAGUGUGUGCAUGUGUGCGAGAGUGGAGGAACUAUCCAUAUUAUACACUCAAAUAAUGAAUGUGGCACAAGUUUUUUUUAAAAAAUCGCCUGCCCCAGCACAUUAAGACACACCCCAGUAUCAUCAAUAUUGGUAGAUGUACUACACUGUACUUGAAAAGUCAAUGUGGCCCCAUGUUGCAAGUUAAACAUUAACAACGCCCUUCCAGAGUAGAUCUUCUAAACUGAUCUCACGGCUUGAUUCCACAGCCAAAACAUUAUCUGUGAUCUGUAAAUACUGAAGACUAUGCCAACAUAUUUAAAGCCUCCAAAGUUUCAGCUGAUAACAAAAUUUUAGAACUGAAAUCCAGGCUUUGGGGGCAUUAAUUUUCUGUGGGUCUGUAAUUUACUUUCCCAGCUUGCAUAUUUUCAAAUGUUGUGUGUGUGUGUAUUGCAGUGCCGUUUUAGUGUGCCCCACCCUAGGUUCUUUGUGAAAGUGGUUUUAAAUAAAUAAACUCUGUGCUUUGUUGCUUGCCUUCGUUCCAGACAGUCAGCAGAGCAGCUGAUAAUACUCAGGCAUAAGCUCACUGACAUUACAGUGCUGAUUGGGUAUAUGGGUUCCAGGAAUAAAGUAAGGAAUGAUCCUCAGAUAAUUCCAAAUCUUCAUCAUGAGUCUUUUAGCACUUGUGCUCCAGCUGUCAACACAGCUGUUUCAUGCUCCUCAACUCCUUAGUAAACCAAGGAAUGGUGUGGAUUCUACUGUUAGGACAUGGGUGUCUUGGAGCCUUUACGACCAGGGUUUCCCAAACUUGGGUUUCCAACUGUUUUGGACUACAAUUCCCAUCAUCCCUAGCUAGCAUGACCAGUGGUCAGGGAUGAUGGUAAUCGUAGUCCAGCUGGAAACCCAAGUUUGGGAAACCCUGCUUUAGACUGGUGCUUAGGACAUCUCAACAUUCCAGAGAGUGGCCAGAGCCACAGCAUGAAUGCCAGUCACAUCCAUGAAACAAAUCCCCUAGAAAGAGUCAGAAGCCAUCAGGGUCCAUACGUCUCCCAGAUCAAUUUAAUGGGGUCUUUAGGACUUGCUGAUCAGAAGGUCGGCGGUUUGAAUCCCCGCGACAGGGUGAGCUCCCGUUGCUCGGUCCCAGCUCCUGCCAACCUAGCAGUUCGAAAGCACGUCAAAGUGCAAGUAGAUAAAUAGGUACCACUCCAGCGGGAAGGUAAACAGCGUUUCCGUGCGCUGCUCUGGCUCGCCAUGCUAGCCACAUGAACCGGAAGCUGUACGCCGGCUUCCUCGGCCAGUAAAGCUAGAUGAGUGCCGCAACCCCAGUCAGCCACGACUGGACCUAAUGGUCAGGGGUCCCUUUACCUUUACCUUACCCCUGCAGCGAUCAAGAACAGCACAUAGCCCAAACCCAGUGAGGAAGUCCAUUAGAAGGGUCUGAGUACAGGCUUUUCCAAUUACAGCUUACCUUCUGCCUAUCCAGUACAUAAAAUCCAAAUCAACAACGAUUUGGAGCAGAAUUCUAUGAUCUAUGAUCUAAGAUACAGUUUUAAAACAAGCUCCUUUUCAUCAUGGAGGCCAUGAAAUCCCAAGCUGCACCAAUGAGUGGACUUAUAGCUCAGCCACUAAACUGCACUAGCUCACCUUUCAGAAGACCGCAGUUGUGAGAUGGGGUUCUGUUUUUAAGAAGACCUGGCACCAAAGUAAUCUAAACUCUAGGUAACCCUGUGGAAUUUGGCCUGGAUUGAUAUAGCUCCCCACCAAGUUAUCCCUAGCUCUGCUAAUAUGACUACACAGAGUAGAAUUUAUGAUGGUUGCAUUAUUAGCUGUCUACCAAUCAAGGGUUCUGUUGGCCUGGAGUUAUUCCAAAUCCAAAUCUUUAUUACAGUCAUAGACCAGCAUAUUCUGGAGUUAUUAGAGAUGGAAAUAUUUUCACUGUCAGGUUGCAACCCUAAACACACAGUGAACACAGUGAGGUUUAUUUCUGACUAAACAUGCAUGGGAUGGUGCUAUUAAUAGGAUCCUGCUAUCCAGAGUUGCUGGAUGAACUUUUAAAGACAGAUUUCUUUUUCCUUUAUGCUAUCUUAAUAAUCUGCUUAAGGCCUGCCUGUUUUAGUUCAUUCUAGACAACGUGGCCUUCAUGAGCAGGAUAAUUCAAUUUUUUAAAAUGCAUUUCUUGCCGCUGUCUCCAUGCAGAGAAGUCAUCAUUAAGUGAAGAAGAAAACAUUACAGAAAAAUCUUACAAUUUGAACAUGAGAAUGUAGUUCCUCUGCAGAGAAUAAUUUUGGCUUUUCCACAAGUGCAAAUUGUUGACUUUUACUUACAUUCUUGUGAUGAGACACAUUCCUGUCAGCAGGCAUGGUAGUGGUACUAUUUUCCCCUCAUUUAUAGUAGCUUCUUUUAGGAAGAACUUACAGUUUAACCGUGAUGGUAUUGAUAAGCUGUUCUUGCUAAAACUGCAUGAGUAAUGAUUCUUUUAGUAGAAUAUUCUACUGCUAAGAAAGAAGGGCUAUCUAAUUAAUUAGAGCAGUGGUUUUCAACCAGUGUGCCAUGGCACCCUGGGGUGCCUUGAAUGAUGGUCAGGGGUGCCACGGGCAACACUGUCCCUUCCUUCCUUCCUUCCUUCCUUCCUUCCUUCCUUCCUUUCUUUCUUUCUUUCCCUCCCCCCUCUGAUGCCCUCUUGCAUCUCUGCCUCCCAAAGGCUUGCACAGCUGUUUAUUGCAGCAGCCCUGGCUAUAAGCUCCAUAGACAAAUGGUGAGGCACCUCUCUUUGAGGCAGUGGGGGGUCAGCCCAGAGAUCGGGGUGACAGCAGCAACUUGCCCAGAGGACUCCCAAGGAGAGGAGAGGAGGCUGAGGGAACACUCCACAAGGGAGGGUGUUUGAAAAAGGGUGAGAGGCUGCCAGCUCUGCAGGCAAGGGGUGACAUAACUGGGCUCCUGAGCCCCACUGGGGUGGCCCGAAAAGAAUGUAGUUGGUUAAGGGAGCUGUGCAUUAGAGAAUUAGUUCUUCUAGAUUUUUUGCAAUGGGAACCUACAUAGUACAGUAAAUGAGUGUGUGUGUGUGUGUGUGUUGUGUGUGUGUACACCCCCUCCCAAUUUAUACAGAGUGUGUUUGUACAGAGCUUUGCGGCUUAUAAAAGAUUGUAUUGUGCAUUUUCGUUCUUUCAAACUGCUUGUUGAUCAUGUCCUAAACUGUAAGAGCAUUAAACUGUAUAUAGAUUGUUUAGAUGAUGGUUCCAUUCUAUAUUGUUGCUUACAAGUAAUAAACCAGACCACCGACUGGAUUAAUCCAUUUGAAGCAAAAAGGUGAGACCGUGACAUCGAGCACCACAAAAAUGCAGCACACUGUACAGAAAGUCAUCAUCUGACUGGGUCAAACAUUUUACUGAUUAAACAUUUUACUGAUUAAAAAUGGCUUAAUGGAUAUGGCUUAAUUAUGCUUCAUAGGAAGCUAUUCAUAAAUAAAACUCAUCUUCUACUGUUGCAUUGCAAAAGCAGCCCAACCUUCCAGUAGAAACAAGCAAACAAAAUAGGUAUGGCUGACAAUGAUUCUGCCAUAGAGUAAAACUCAUGCUUACAACAUCGAGUGCAAGCUAGAAUCUAGUCUCCCUUUUGCAUGCCUUUCCCAUAAAAUAACAUAUGGAUUUUCCCACAUCAGAUUUUUCAUGUGUAUUUCUCUAUGAACAUUCUUCUAUGCAAGAUUUGAGCCAGAGCACAAAGUUCAAAUAUUGGCCUUCAUCUCAUACUUUACCCGAAUGCUUGUGAGAGUGCUUGCAUUGACCCAGUGCAUUAUUGUAAAAUAGAUACUAGGUAAAGGUAAAGGGACCCCUGACCAUUAGGUCCAGUCGUGAUCGACUCUGGGGUUGCAGUGCUCAUCUCACUUUAUUGGCUGAGGGAGCCGGCGUACAGCUUCCGGGUCAUGUGGCAAGCAUGACUAAGCCGCUUCUGGCGAACCAGAGCAGUGCACGGAAACGCCGUUUACCUUCACGCCAGAGCGGUACCCAUUUAUCUACUUGCACUUUGACGUGCUUUUGAACUGCUAGGUGGGCAGGAGCAGGGACCGAGCAAUGGGAGCCCACCUCAUCGCGGGGAUUUGAACUGCCGAUCUUUUGAUCAGCAAGUCCUAGACUCUGUGGUUUAACCCACAGCGCCACCCGCAUCCCUUAAAAUAGAUACUACUUUGUAUUAAAACCCAUAAAUGAUAUUUGCUUGUAUUGUGAAUGUCUAUGCAGUCAUCGGAUUUAUAUAUCAAAAACAUUUGUUCUAAGGUAUUUGGCUCUAUCCAUCAUUUGUACACUUGUCCAGAAAUAAUGGAAGAGUGGUGAAAUAUUUUAAACCUGAAGCAGCAUAGUAAGAACAAGUGUGUCAGCUGUAUGCAAGAGACAUUUUACACAACUAAGCUAUACAAAGGGUCCUCUCAACAGGAAAUUGACUGCUCCUGGUCAAAUGUUCAACUAAACAGUGCAGAAAGAAAUCCAGAGAAACUUGCUUCCUCCAACAAACCCAAACAUAGUUGCUCCUUUAAGGAAUGUAUGUUCAAGAUGAAGCCUGUGAGGAGCUUGUGCCAUUUGAGAAGAGCUUUGAGAGGGAACAAAACUAGCAUGGUCUGGAAUGAAAAUGAGAUAUCAAACAGGACAAUCAUGCACCCUGUGGCAAUCCAAGUGGGAAUGAACAGAUGAUCAGAAGACAAUUUUUGAGUAUCCUUCUCGAUCUGGUUAGUAGCUCGUAGUAAAUUUGCAAAACAAGGAAUGUGCUUUCGAACUGCUAGGUGGGCAGGAGUUGGGACCGAAAGACGGGAGCUCACCCCGCCGCGGGGAUUCGAACCGCCGACCUUACGAUCGGCAAGUCCUAGGCUCUGUGGUUUAACCCACAGCGCCACCCGCGUCCCUGAUAAUCCCAUACAGGGUCCCAAAUAACAGGAGGAUUUUGUGCAACAAGUUCAUCACUGCAAGGGCCUACAGAUGCACAUGGUACAGAGUACCCAAACAGGAACGCAGGUGGUGCUGUGGUCUAAACCACCAAGCCUCUUGGACUUGCCGAUCUAAGGUCAGCAGUUCAAAUCCGUGUGAUGGGGUGAGCUCCCAUUGCUCUUUCCCCGCUCCUGCCAACUUAGCAGUUCAAAAGCAUACCAGUGCAAGUAGAUAAAUAGGUACUGUUGUGGUGAGAUGGUGUUUCAGUGUGCUCUGGCACUUGCCAAGGUGUCCCGUUGCGCCAGAAGUGGUUUAGUCAUGCUGGCCACAUGACCCGGAAAAUUGUCUGUGGAUAAACGCCAGCUCCCUGGGCCUGAAAGCGGAGAUGAGCGCCAUACCUCAUAGCCAAAUUCGACUGGACUUAACUGUCCAGGGGUCCUUUACCUUUACCUUUUACCUUACCAAACAGGGCUUCUGCUUCAAUCAUUUACAUUAGCAAUUUUCACAGUAAAGAAACACAAACUUUAAUGGUUUUUGAUCUCAAAGGUCAUUCCAGACGUAGACCACUUGGACUGCUCCUAGGAGUUAUGGUUUCCGUACUGCAACUGGCCAAGUCUUAUCAUAUGCACUACCAUUCUAUGAAUUUAUGUAUCUUACAGCAAUAAAACAUACAAUUAUAAAACAAAACAGUUAACAUCCAGAAAACCAGAAAAGAAGGGGGGAAAACAAUUUAAAAACAAUUCUCCAUAUAAUUUAACUUAACUCCUCUUUUCCUGCUCAGACUCAGUCAAUUGAUGCAGGAAAUGAUAUUAUUUGAGCCACUACAUCUAGCUCAAACCCUGGCUCCUUCACAGACUCCCAAGAAGCAUUUAAAAGGCACUUUCAUGAUUACUGUAACAUAACCCUUGGCCCUGGAAUGGCAAUCUUAACAACCAGCCACUCUGAUGUGCCUGAGGCCAGUUAGCAGAAUGGAGCCAUCAGCCAACAUCUCCAAUUCUCACUACAAACAGGAAAUUUGACUACAAUAGGUAAUUGUUCAAAGUAGUGUGUGUCUCCAGCAUUUACCGCAUUUGUGUGUUGUUGUGAAACAGCAGCUUUCAACAAACCCUUAACUGGAAAUAAGACACUGUAAACAUUGCCAUGCCAAAGGGGGAAAAAGGACUCGUGUUGAUAACUUCCCUUCAACUGCUGCCAAUGUCUUUAAACCUCCAACUUCAGGAAGAGCACAUCCAAUUAUAGCCGAGCAAAGCAUUGCAGUGUUCAUCUCCCAACAUUUGUUUUAACUUAGAAGCAGAAGUGUCACCUGAAAACCUCUUUAAAACUAAAUACAGGGCAGCUUGACAUCAGAUUAAUUCAUGACAAUCAUAUUCCCACUUAUCUGCAGGCCAAAAUGAUCUAUCCCAGACAAGACAGAUUCUCAGGUGCAGGGAAGAACAUUCAUCCAGUAUCAAGCAGAGGGUCUUUGGCAUUCAGCCGUGUCCACAGUUCAGCAAAUAUUUACAUCUGUGCUGGACCUUUCCGUGGUUAUUUCAUCCUGCAGCAGCUGAACUGCAAACGAGAUCCCAAUCUUUCACAGGCUAAGACAAGAUCUUCAGACCACAAUUACAACGGAAUUAGGCCCAAGCAUUUACCGGAAAUUACCUUUCCCCCGUGCUGUAAGUACAGCUUUAAUGGUAGAUCGGGCCAGGAGCCAUGAGGAAUAAUCAAGUUAAGCAUUCUCUUGUUUCUAAGCAAAGCAUUAAAAUAUUAAGCAAGUUGAAUGUUUGCAUCACAGAAGAGCCAUUGCAAACAGUGAAGCACUACUAGCACACAGGACAAACUGAGAAGCCUACUAUAACUCAGGCUGUGAUUUUUAGAUGACUAAUGUUAGAUUAACUGAUUUAAAACCUUUUAACUGGUUAAAAAGUGCCUCCAGUUAAUCAAACUGCACAUUCAAAAAAACCUGUAGUUUUUAAAUGCACGUAACUUACAAAAAUCACAAGUGGCAGGCACCAUCUCAGAAGAGGCAUUCAUGCUUUUCUCCCACAAACACAGGAUGUAAUACCUCUUCUUUGAGGGUAUCUGCUAUGACUUGUUCUCAAUCAGCUGGGAACCCUACAAUGAACAACUGUCAAUCAUUUCCUCAGCAUUAGUGGCCUAAUGGUCCGCUUCAUGAGCACAGGCUGAAAAUUGGAUUACAGAGCAGUAGCAAUUUGUGUGAACACAGUCUAUUUCCUUGUUUAUUUGCUUCCUGAGGAAACUUACCUUCUGCUUGAACGGAUCAAGCAAAAGCACCAUAUGUCAUUUGAGAGGUAAUGGGCUCAUGUUUUCCUUUGACUACACUGCACUGCACUUUUCUCUUUCAGUAAGACUCUGCUCACUUGGUUUCUCAGCUGCUGAACAGCAGUCGCAAAAGAGCUCAAAUGAAAGAUUGUCAGCCACUCCUUCAAAAGACACACACUGAUUAUCAUCCCCCCCCCCGCCUUCCCGCCUGUCAUACCACUCUAAACUGGCUCUGUAAGCUCCCAUCUGCAUUACACAUUUGAAGAAACAUCAUACCACUUUAAACAGCCAGCAAGGUAUCUUGGGAACUAUAGUUUGUUAAGGGUGUUGAGAGUUUUCCAGAGAUCCCCAUUCCCCUCACAGAGCUACAACUCCCAGAGUGGUUGAACAAUCAAUCCCUCUCCCAAGAUUCCCCUCUGUGAUAUUUGGCCCCCCAAGUGAUACAUCAUCAUCUGCGGAGGUGUCAUCAUCUGUCAGUGAAGAGCUUUCCCCUUCAGGAGAGGGAUCUGGGGACAAGUCCAAUGGUGAGCCAGUUAUGCCAGCUCUGCCUCUAUCUCCAAUGGACCAGAGGUGAAAGCACUGGUGUGAGAAAAUCAUGUGUGCCAAUUGCUAGAUCAACAUCUUAGCUAAGCCUAGCCAUGCAUAAUACUCCUCUUCCAUGCUUUACCUGCUUGUAACCUGUAGCCCACACUGCACUAACUUCAUUACUGAAACUUUCUUUUUUAAUUUUUUUUAAAUAAAAUUAAUUUUCCAAAUUUAACACAACACAAAAUAACAAACAAACAUAUAAAAAAGAAAAACAAACAUACAUUCAAAACUUCUUACAGUUAAUAAUCCAAAUUGCAUUCCAUUAUUGGGUGACUUCCUCAAAUCCUUCCUAACUGAUUUUCAUUAAAUCUCAUUUUAGCAAUUUUCCAAUAUCCACUUUCUGGUAAAAUUAACUUGUUCAGAUUACUAACUUCCUUUCUUUUCAUAAUAUUCUCAAUCCAUCAUUUUAUACAAUUCAACAUAAUUUUAUCCUAAACCAAAUUUAGUACUUGCAAGUAUUUCCACUUAUAUUAUUAUAUUUUACUAAAUAUUCCUUAAAUUUCUUCCAUUCUUCUCCAUUACUGAAACUUUCAAAACUUCCAGUCAUUGUAACAGCUUUCUCUCCAUUAUCAUAGUGAUGUGUUCCCCACCUCUGACAACAAUACAUUUUAAUACAGUAUAUUCAACAACCUCAAUAACUUUCUUUGCUUUUCAGAAUUUACUCAAAGUAAGGAACGCAGAAGUCCAUUGUUCAGCAUAAAGGAAGGAAAUGAAGGUGAGGUUAUUUUAAGCACAAAAUGCACACUACUCAUUUUUGUAAGUUAUUGUCUAUGUGGGCUUUUUGUAUUAAGUGAAGAUCAUUACUUUAUUAAAAAGACAAAUGAGAACUCUGAAUCUCGCUUCUUUAAAUGUGAAUAGCAAAUGGCAAAUAUACUGACAAUGAAAGAUGAGUUCCGGCUGGAGGCAGGGGCGGUGGGGGGGGCAUAUUCACAUUGUUUUAUUUGCUUCACUGAAUAUUCUUAAAUAGCCCAAUCCAGCCUAAGUUCAGCAUGCUCAAGACCCAAUAUUUCUUUUGGGAAAGUUAAGCAUAUGAAUAAGAUCAGACACCAACUUUGUAGAGCAGCAACGAGUCCUUGGAAACCGCCUCACUUUGAACACUGGGAGCAUCUCUGCUUUUAUUGAGUUUAUAAGAAAAGCAAAACAUUUCUGGAACAUGGAUUUCAGUGUUUACCACCACAAGUGAGAAGCCAUUAAGAAAGUAAACACCGGAACGUUAUACUGUCCAUUUGAAAACAUAUAAAACUAGUUUAUGCUGAGGCAGAUCCUGUAGUUCAAGCACUGUCUAUUACUCUCACUGGCAUGCACUCUCCAAGGUCUCAGACAGAAACCUUUCUAUGCCCACCUAGCAGAAAUGACUUCAGUUUCAGAAGCUGGAGACAGAACUUGGUUCAUCAGCAUGCAAAGCAGGUGCUUAAUCACUUAGCUAUGGCACCCCCAUAUCUUUUUUGUACAGCUCUUUUUCACCUUCCCUUAAAUUCCCUUUACUAGAGUUACUAGUAAAGUUUAAUUAUAUCCUAUAAAGUCUUCCUUCAGUUUUCUCCCACCCCUUUUAUAUUUUAAGCUCUUUGACUAUCAUUCCAGGUACAGCCAAUCUAUCUAGUUCAUCAUAAGUAUGGCAAAGUCCACAGCUGACACAUAGCACAAAUUGACUGACCCAAUAUAUUCAUUCUUUCACUUGCAUACCCAUGUUUUAGAAACCCCAUUUAACCUUACACUUCCCCAAGAUUCCUUCAAAACCUAACGUUGCCCUUUGCUGUUCACUUUCCACAUGUCAUCCCUGAGUGACUUCCUCAAAUCUUGCUCAUGAUAUGUGAGCAACAAAUCUUCCUCUUCAUACGUUGAGGCUACGCCAAGAAAGCAAGAACUUUGAACUCUUUCCCUCACUAGAUUCAUAGAACUUUGGCUUUAUUAUUUCUGGCUUCAGAAGUUGAUUUGUUAGUCUAUGCUGUUUAUAUUGAGUGCAUUUCAGGGUUCUGUGUUUAGCUUCUGCACACUUGUUUGGUUUCCUUUGGUAGUUUAAAUGGAAGAGUAAGACAGAAAUACAAACAUGUUGUUGAAAAUUUUCACCAAAUGCACCCAGCACUAUCUUUGGGUCUUAGACCUUUCCCUUCCAUCCAGUCUUGUAACUGUUUGUCUGAUAUUUCUGUUUGCAUGUUUCAUUGUUCCCCAUUUUUCCUCAUAAACACAUCUCUCCUCAGUUUCAGUAUCCACGGACAACACCAUCGACUCUGUUGACCAGGCCUCAAGCCUUGGCUUUAGGACGCCUACAUCUCCUUUGCACCUCACAUCCAGACCACUGUAACAUCAUGUUCCCUUGCUAUGCACAACACUGCAAAAAGGCAGCCCUUCUUCCCUGUUCCCUUACUAAGCAGUCUUUCCAUGCUCUGAUUACCACCUCACUUGAAGACUACAGCCUUUUCUUCACUGGCUUCCCCUUCCCACAACUUAGUUCAUUCACCUCCUGCCACCAAAGUUCACCCCUCUCAUCACUCAGACCCCAUGGCAGUUGCCUACAAACACAGCCGGGCAAUGAACCCGACAAGAUCUGUCUGCUCCCAGACAGACUGUGUAAGAGGCCACAUUUUAGGCUUGAGUAAAACAGGUGCUAUUUAUACGGAUCAGCCUAGGCACUGCUGAGCAACGAUGGUGUCAUUGUACUCGGCACUUUUCUCCAUGAAAAGUAGAGAGUUAGUUUCAAUAUAUAUAUAUUAUACAUCAUCCUGAUAUUAACACAGCAAGACAGUCUUGAUAGCACAGGUAGUAUUUUUGGCUUCGGGACAUCAAGCGUCACAGAAGGACUAUUGAGCAUGCAAGUCUAGUGCCCAGAAGCUGUCACUGUACGGAAAUGGGGAGGGGGGGGAGAGAUACCACAUCCUUUCCUCAGCUGUUAGAACAGGAAAGAAAACUGGAGCACCAUAAGGAUUUUACAAUUGGUUCUUAAGUUACACAAACAAGACAUUUGGAAGGUAAUUUCCUUGGCUGAAGGCUUCCAUUUUUCCUCCUCACCCAAAACAAAAACCUUAUUAAGCAGUUUCCAUUGGGAAGGCAAGCUUUUGCCUGUGAAAUGGGGUUCUUGUAUUGCGUCCAGGACAGGGCUGCUGUUGAAAACUAAGAAAAGCAGAGGUUUAUCCGAUGCAGCUUCUCAUGCACAGCACAUGUGAAAUCUCUUACUGCCUCUGAGCGCUCUCCAAGGGCCCUGUUCUCUUGGUAUGGCAAACCUCAGCAUAGGUAUUUAGCAACAGAUCAAGCACAAACUGUCCUUACAGAAAAAUGCAUCUCCAGCCAUUUUUGAUGCAGAAUAAGGAGCCAUACAUCUGCACGGAUCAGUGACUGCUCCUACUAUCCUAUUGCUCAAAGCACCGUCUUGUUAAAGCAUCUGAAUCUGCACCAAUUAUAUUCUUCAGUGCUUGUUUUACUUUCAACCCUUUAGCUAGUUUUUUUAAGAGAGAGAGAGAAAGAAAGAAAGAGAGAAUGAUGGAUGCCCCCAGGAUUUUCCUUGCACACUUACUGCAGCAAAGCAGUUCCUCAGUUUACCCUCUGGUUUGAAACCUCAAAGAUGCAAAGUAUGCUUAACCUCUUUCCACCCCGCCCCAUGCCUUGGAAUAGAUAAUGCUUGCGCUCUGGUUUCUUUUCCAUCUCUCUUUCCUUUGUGUUUCCUUUUCUUUCUCACCAACUCUCCAAGCAAAUUGCCCACCCUGCUUCAGAUGAAGUGUUAGUUAUGUUUGGACUCUCUUCUUGUUAUGUACUGAAGUUCUCACCCUGGGCUAGCAGGGGGAUACUGUAGAUAGUUAUGCAAAUAUGGGAUCAAAAGUGACGUUCAGUGAUUGGAUAGUUUUAGAAAAUUGUUACAGUUACAUUGUACUGGAGCUCUAUGUAAGCAGGCUGACUGAGCCCUUCAGCUCAGUUCUGUUCUGGCCUCUGAAUAAACAAGAGCUGUUUGAAGAAUCGCUGUGAUAUGUUCACCCACAACUUAACACUUCUCUAACCCCAUUUGCCCUUCUGCAAGUUUAUCUGGCAUCCAUCGUCCUCUCAUUUCCUUAUUUCGUCUCAUCUCCAUCCUCUGUAGCCUUCCAGUAUCGCAAAUAGUUCCUUCUUACCCAGUCCUCUCCUGCUUUUUUUAGACUGAACCCACUAAUUCCCAGUCCGGUCUGAAUGCUGUCUAAGGACUGUUUAUCUUUGUAAUACACCACCCAUUUGGUUACUUUAAAUGUUGGCUUAUAUUCUCAUUGCUAAUUCCCCUUAGAAUUGCUACGGCACACCAUGGCUAUGGGUUAAAAAAUUUAUGGGGCAGGUAUGUGUGUACACAGGUCCACAAGAACACAUGGUAACAACAGGGAAAGGCUGAAGAUCCCAAAACAUUUCCCCCCCGUUGCAUUCGCAAUUUCAGGGCCUUAUGCCAUACAAAGUUAUUUCUGCUCUCCAUAGGAUUAAACAAAUCACUUCUGCUACUAUUACCGUGUCGAUCACUGCUGCUGUUCCCUCACCAGCUUUUUUCUCCUGUCAGAGAAAUAACUCCUUGUAGCUUUUCAGUCACUAGGAGAAAAUAUGCCACUGAGACUUUUAUCCUCUCCCAAUUUGGGCGUCCGUGGCUUGACGGAACAGAAAGACUAUAGUUCAAACAAGCUGGCAGGUUCCUUUCCCUAACUGCUGUGCGCUAAAAUGUAACACAUCGCUGGAUGCCCGUUUAACUCCCCUGAAACUUCUCGAAAUCCAUUCUUAUAGCAGCAGAAAGUCCAAGUCUGAUUGCAAUACUUACCUUACCAUACAUGUGUAAUCCAUGGGGUGUUAAAUGCGCAAUCCAAAAGAACAGCAUCUAUGCCAUGCUGCAGCAACAUUCCUUUAUUUUUUAAGAAUCCUUUUUGAAUAGCUUAACAUGUAUUCCCACCUUCUCUAAAUCACUCCCCAGACGGUGGUGCUGGAGUUUGUACCGUGCUGUCCUGCCUUCGUGAAAUGAGCUCAGUGCUUUAUUCAAAGCGGUCCCAGGGGAACAUAUGAACUUAUCAGUCUGCCUUUUACUGAGACAAAGCCAUUUUUUUCAUCUUGCCCAGCACUGCCUGCUCUGACUAAGCAAUGACUAUCUGAACUCUUAGCCGGAGACCUUUCCCAGCCCUCUCCAAUAUCUCUGCUAUCUGGAGGUGCCAGGAAUUGAUCUCGAAUCCUUCUGCAUGCUAAGCAUGUGCUUUACCACCGAGCUACCUCUGAUUCAGCCACACGCCUAACAAAAGUAACUUGGCUUUACCUUCACAGAACCAGAGUUGGAAGGGAUCCCCAAGGGUCAUCUAAUCCAACCCCCUGCAAAUGUAUGAAUCUCAACUAGAUCAUCCAUGACAGGUGGCCAUCCAACCUCUGCUUAAAAACCACAGCCUCCCAAGGAACUCUAGUCCCCUGUCAAACAGCUCUUAUGGCCAGAAAGAUUUUCCGUAUGAUUAAUCAGACUCUUCUUUCUUCCAGCUUGAAGCCAUUGGUUCAUGUCCUAACCUCCAGAGCAGGAUAAAACAAGCUUGCUCCAAGCUUGAUUAGGUUAUUUCUCUGAAUGCAACCUUGCUGUCCUUUGACUUAUUUGUUCCUUCCCUACGUUCUCAAAAGAUAUCAACCUCUGAGCCUGUGCCUUGACAAAUACAUAAUAUUUGUUUCUGCAGUAAGACAAACACUUUCCCCUUCUCCCAGUUAGGAAGCCUCUGUGAUUUAUCUCACAUCACCUUCAUUUUAAUAUGAAAACUUCUUAAUAUUUUGUUGCCCAGGCAUGAAACACACUGCGUCUCUAGCUGCCUCACUAUUUUAAUCCUUUAAGUAAGGCCAGAACUGGUAGCUUGGGCAGCAGUAAUCAUCUUGUCUUCUAUUGUACCAUACAAGCUUAACAGUGCAAUUUCAAGGAAUCAUUUCAUUUACAUUCAAGAAUGUAAUACGAUGGUUUGUGGAGCGAGAGGGGAAAGAACUUGGAUGGGCCCCAAAAUUUCUCAAAGUACAAUUGGUCGGUGGGAACUGGGAGUGGGCCAUGUUUGUCAAGACCUCUGCCAAACCAGCUAAAACGUCAUCUGCCUACAGUUCCAGGAUGACAGAAAAAGAAAAUUCUCAGAAAAUGAAUUUCAUAAAUUGGAUUCACAUCUGUCCCAGACAUCCUCCACUUUAUUAGGGGGCAGAGAAGUUUGUUGGAGGAGAGGGAUUUCACCAAAAACUGUUGUGGAGGGUGUGGCGUUCGUACGGAGCCCCCGGUCGUCUCACGGACUAUUGACCCGUACACCACUAAACCGCUGCCACCAACCAGGUUCCACCUGGUAAAAUCACUUCAGUCUCAGUCAGCUUCUCAAUUAAUAAAGAAGAGUAUAUUUUAUUUCAGACACGAACAAAACUUUUACGGCAUUCCAAACCUUGUUGUCUUUACUUUCUUAGUCUUAUUUUCCUCUAUCUCUUCUACCUCCCCACACUCAAGAACCCACUGCCCUAACUGUCUCUCUAUUACCAACUGCCUUUCCCAAUCAGCCAACCCACUAAAACCCACCAACAACCCCCAACAAACUCCUCCCGGAACUCCUCCCAGAACUGGUUUUAUAGUCCCAAGGACUCCACCCCCCUGGGUCCUGUCUGUGCAACCUAUUUAACUAUUUCCCCUCCAGCACUCUCUCAUAUAUGUUAACGUCACAGAGGGGUGCAGAAAUUCUCCAAUAGUUUGAUGGGGUGCUAGGGGUUCAGAGCAAGUGUAGCACAGUCAUUUGAGGUCUACAAUAACGUAGUGCUAUAGGCACAUUGGUGUGGAUGGAUGGUCUGCAACAUGGCUGACAAGGCUAUGCAAUCCUGACCCUUUCCAUUAGCCAACCCCCUCCAUCAUUUUCUACUGCAAUGACCUCAGAGUCAAGCAAUGAGUAGGACACUGAGUCAGUCUCUUCAGGCAACUGAGCUUUGUCUUUGAGAGAGGAGGAGGAAAUGCAUGGUCUUACUCCACCUACCAGAGUCCCGAGUCAAUAUUCAGCAGGGGGAAGCAUCCUACUCAAACCCACUGGUGUGCUUCUCAAUUUGGAGCUAACUUGGUGGGGUAGACUGAAUGUAGGAAUGUACGAGCAUUGAUGCCUAUAAUCUCAAAUUAGAUUUUCGUUUUUCGAAACAUGGGCUAGCUUAUACAUUCAUAUCAACAAGUCUGAAACCAGCAGCUCAGUUCUGAUAUUGCCUUGUUGUUUGAUAACAGCCGAUUCAGAAAAUAUAGGAAGCUUUCUCCUUUCAGUUUUCAAGCUGCAAUCAAAGCGUGAAGUGGCUGUCCUCAAACUUACAGCAGCUGAACAUCAAACUCUCAAGUCAUUAGCAAACUUAAAAAAACUUUAAAGGAUCAAUUUCAUUUUUAUUUUAUUUUUUUACUUCAGGGUGUACAUCAUCUAAGGAACUCCAACCAAAGUUCUCCUUUUCAUCAGAAAAUUCAGACUGCAAAAUAAAUUAUGCCUGCUUCUACCCUCGAGUUUUGAUCAGUUUGCUCCUGAAUGAAAUAUCUCCCCAAGAGAAGUCUUUCAGUAUUCAUGAAUGUAAUGUACAUUUCAAGUUGCGCCUUGCAUGA